UACGUGUCUGAUGUCUAUUUUCAGUUAAUAAUUAUUAUUGUCAUAUGUAAUCAUAAUCUUAGGAGCAUGUGAUGCAAAACUUUGUAUUAUUAAUUCCCUGCUGCAGCAUAUUGUAAAACAGCUACCAAUAAUUUUUUGUAUGUUUGUGUGUAAUUGGCAUCCUUUAUCUGCCAGAUGUUCUUACUUGUGAAAAUGUGUUUGCUGUAUUUUGCAGGACGCGGUCUAUUUGCAAAGGGUCCCUUUUGCAAAGGGGAUUUUGUGGUUGAGUACAGGGGUGAUUUAAUUGAUGAUGCAGAACUGCAGAGGAGAAGAAAACGCUACCAUGCAGCCUGUGCUGCAUUUUUGUUUGAGUUUAAAUGGAGAGGGAAAUUAUGGUGUAUUGACGCCUGUAGAGAAGAUGGAUCAUUUGGGCGCAUAGCUAAUGAUGACCACAAAAAAACAAAUUGUAAAAUGAAGAAAGUUGACGUGAAUGGGAAGCCACACCUUUGCUUGUUUGCCCUAACGGAAAUUAAAGAAGGAGAAGAAAUAACGUAUGAUUAUGGAGGAGAUGACUGCCCAUGGAGAUCUCAAAUGACAGCUGGUGACUCUGAUCCUUCCUUCCAGUCACAUUCUGAGAUUCUUGAUAAAUCUGGUCAACAUGACUCUUCUCAAAAGUUGACCCGCAUUGCUGCCAAUUCCAAGUCAGCUGGUGACUCUGAUCCUUCCUUCCAGUCACAUUCUGAGAUUCUUGAUAAAUCUGGUCAACAUGACUCUUCUCAAAAGUUGACCCGCAUUGCUGCCAAUUCCAAGUCAGCUGGUGACUCUGAUCCUUCCUUCCAGUCACAUUCUGAGAUUCUUGAUAAAUCUGGUCAACAUGACUCUUCUCAAAAGUUGACCCGCAUUGCUGCCAAUUCCAAGUCAGCUGGUGACUCUGAUCCUUUCUUCCAGUCACAUUCUGAGAUUCUUGAUAAAUCUGGUCAACAUGACUCUUCUCAAAAGUUGACCCGCAUUGCUGCCAAUUCCAAGUCAGCUGGUGACUCUGAUCCUUCCUUCCAGUCACAUUCUGAGAUUCUUGAUAAAUCUGGUCAACAUGACUCUUCUCAAAAGUCCCCAUAA